UACUCUAACCGAAUGUGAAGAGCCCGAGGAUGACCAACAUGCUUUACAGCUACAACAGCAACAACAACAACAACAGCAGCAGCAACAAUUGUGUGUUGUGGCUAAAAUGCAAAAAUCUGUUACAAUAACCGUUACACCUCAGCGCAGUAAUUCAAUGGAUUAUCUGAAUUUUGAGGAAAAACGACAAUUGAUUGCCUCCUCGUUGUCGUUGUCGGAUAUAUUACAAUGUAAUCCAGCGAAUAAUGUUCCAACUGGGAAAGAUACUUUGAAUGCUAAAAAACAAAAUGGUGCUGCUUUGCGUACAAAUAGUUUAGGUUCUGGCACACGCACACCACCUUUGGAACGCAAAAGCAAAUUAAGCGCUUUGGGGCGUUUCUUUAAACCCUGGAAAUGGCGGCGGAAAAAGAAAAGCGAAAAAUUCGAAGCAGCCUCAAAGUCCCUUGAACGCAAAAUAUCUGUACGUGCCAAUCGAGAAGAACUUGUUCAAAAAGGUAUACUUUUACCGGAAAGUCCGCUGGGGAAUAUACAAGAACCAGGUGAGGAAUCAUAUUACAACAAUUCGAACGCCGUUAAUAAUUCCAGCAACAAUGGCAACGGUACGUUACACUCCUCAAACGUCCAAAAUAAUUCCAUGCUUAAUGCUACCACCGGUGGUAGCAACAUUGGCAAUAGUAUUAAUUCUUCCCAACAGCUGCAGCAGCAGCAACAACAAGUUAACAAUGCGUUAGCGAUACAAUUUCAAGGCAACAAUAUGCAUAAUGGUUCAGGUGGUAGUGGUGGUGGCCAAACUUCUAAUAAUCCUGCCUCCAAUUUACAAAAUAAUAAUUCAACCUCAAACUCACAGACGAAUAACGGCAGUGGCAAUAAUGCCAACAACAAUAACAGUAACAAUAAUAACAGCAACAAUACAAUUUCCGGUAAUAACGCAAAUGAAAAUUCUACAUCCGGUGGCGUUGGUGUGCCACAUUCACAAUCGGCUCCUCAUCAAUUGGGCAACCAACAGCAAUUACAACAACCACCGCCAUUGACACCACUGGCUCAGCAUCAUCAGGCGUUGGCGCAACAGUUGCAGCAACGAUUUGCCAUCAGCAAUAAUAAUGGUAAGUUUUCGUUAUUGUCAAUGAAAUUGUCUUUUAAACCCGAAUAAAUUUAUUGUAAGUAU